AAGAUGAAGGCCCCUCGUACUUGCCGAGACUCCCGCUGGUUAUGUCCCCUACUUAUCCUUGGUCUUCUAGUGACGUCCAUCAAUGGGGUGUGUGAGCUGCCAAACCAGUGGCGGGGAGGAUGGUUCCAGAGUGGCGUCAGGGACAUCAUCUCUAUCACCAGGACUGAGUUCUCUUCCAAGGGUGUGUGUGUCCGCUCCUCUGGGGAGAAGUUUCUCUUUAAAGACAAAAAUGAUGUUUGCUUUCGGUGUGUGGUGAUAAGUGAAAAACACCCAAAUAUUCUUCAAUACAAAGAGACACUAUGUGAGCCAUCCCGCGACCUAAAAGCACUUUGCUCCCAGAUCACUGGGGAUGCUCUGCUUUUCUCUAUGUUCCGUCGUGACUCUCCCCCAGCCCCUUGCCCAUUCAAAGGGCCUCUUACCUUCAGCUACACACGGGGACAUGGCCAGUGCACCUUCCCCGCCUCUACCAUAGACUCCUGUACCAGCGACAGUCGACUACUUUUUAAAUAUCAAGCAUGUCCUGAUGUCCUGGGCACGGAGAGUUCAGUGGAGGAGGUGGAAUGCAUUGGCCACUGGAAGGAGGGUUCCACUCGAUACUUUGUGGGCCGCCUUGAUGUUAGCCGGACCCUCACUGAUGAAGACCGAUACCGCUGCUUUGGCUGGGAGCGGGCCAGAGAGAAUGAGGCUAACAUUGAUUACCACCUGGCACAGUCAUUCGAUGCAACCUGUAAUGGAGUCUUCCCUCCUUUUGAUGGAUCCAAGACACUAAGGAUUAAAAAAGUGGGAAGCUACAGCGGAUGUGAGUUCCCAUCUUGGGUGAGCAGUCACCGGCGGUGGCAUGCCUUGGACCGCGGAGCAUCAUAUUCCGUUGCGCACCACAACACCACCCUCCGUCUUCACCAUGCUCAUAACUCAAGAACACAACCCACACCUUUAGGGCUUAGUCAGGAGGAUGAAGAAGAGGACUCUGCCUCUCCUGCAGGAGACACAGAACGGACGAAAGUGAGCUAUGCUGGCACUGAAGCUCGUUUAGUGUGUUCCCAGCAGCGAGAUACAUCGGCCUCCAGAGUGGUCCUUGUCACCCACCUUACUACAGGAUGCUCCAGUGGCUAUGUGUGCACAGUGCUCUACCGGAGGGAAGGGCAUAUUAUUGAGAUGCAGCAAGGUUCACGUGCCAUCAGAGCUGUUGAUGCCUGUCAUCCUAUGUUCUUCAAUGCUUCCAGUGCUCCCCACACGACCCUCACAAGUGGUUCUCCUUCCCGUCGAGCAUGUCCAAUUGUCGGCGUGUGGACUGCAGGCAAAGGGGAGUGUGGUCGUGAUGUAACUCACCUAAGAGCAGGAUGUGGUGCCCUCCACGCCUUACAGUUUGUUCAUGCGUGUUCCACUGAGACCACCAAACACUCUUUUGUGUGUCAUGGUCACUGGGCAGAGGGAGAUUCAAUGUUUGUGGUAGCCUCGCCUCACGAUCGUCCCUCUCACCGCCUCUGUCUGACAGCAACCUCCAUCACCAACAGCAAGCAUUCUUACAGUAGCAGGUCCAGCAAUAACAGCAAUAAUAACAGCAGGAUUCUUCAAGUAACAGCACAUGCGCACUCUUGCCCCCGUCGCCACGUGCCCCCAACCACUACCCUCAGUUUCAAUCUCACAGCCCAGGGUGAGUGUACAGUAGCCAGCAGCAGCACAACCCCUCACGUCAGCACCCAAUUGUUUCCUGUUGUUAUCCUACUGAGUCUCCUUCAUGCAGCGUCUGAGGCAUCAUGCAGUGUCUACAGCACAAGAUGAAUAUAUUGUGAAGAGCUCUGUGAGUUCUCCACGAGCAACUUUUUUUAAAUCUCCAUUCUAAAGUAUUUUCAAAUGUUUAGUUUUGUUGUACAUGUUAUAAAAGAUUUUCCAAUAGCUACAGCUGUUGGUGAAUUUCUAUUAUUUCUCUUUUCCAAAGUAAAGUGUAUCAAGGUAAUGGAAACAUCUGCAGGAUAGCUGAUGAAGGCCCAUUAAUAUCAAGCUGCCCUUUUGUAAGAUAAUGAAUAGUCUAAGACUAUUUUUAUUCAAGAUUUUAUAUGUAUUGCUAUUGCAUAAUGACAUAUAUUCUUUUAAAUGUUCCUGAAAACUCAACACAAUUGAAAUAUAUUUUGGAUAACCAUAGAUAGCACACCUGUACAGGUCAGAAGGACGGUACAGUAUAUGAAGGUUUGUAUAAAGCCUAUUCGUCCCACCUUCAUAGAAGCACAUGAACAAGUAUUUUUUUUCACCUACCUAAAUCAGUGCAGGAGUUUCUUUAUCACAAGUCAUCUGUGUAGUCAAAAAUACUCCAGAGGCUGAGUCUAACAAUUUCACUCAGAAUUUUAUGAACAAGAAUGGUGUGUAGAGAAACCCUUGCAUUGUUUGCUAUACAUUUACUAGACAGAGAGUUCGUAUCUAUUGAGAGUCAGUGUUUAAAAAAAUCCGUUCCCUCAUAUGGUAUAGUAUAUAUAUCUCAUGUAAAUAUUGUAUCAUACACAGAUAGUAUUAAGAUAGAAGAAAAACUACUAAUGGCUUAGAGAAUAAUAUAUUCCGAUCCAUGUAUGAAAUUCAGGAUCAAAGGUUUAGACAAAAAUAUCUGAUGAAAUUUGGUUAAAUACAGUACAGUAUAUCUGAUAUUAAUAUAUUUAGAACCAGCUGUAUGGUUCAUCAUAUUUUUUUAUCAACAAAUAUUACUUUGAAAUACCGAUUUAAAUUUUUUCCUAGUUACAGUACAGUAUAUCUGAAUUUA